CGGGACUUCCGGGCUGAGAGGCCGGGUUGCUGGGUAACACGGCCGGAGUGGUGCCAGUCCCGGCUCUGCUCGCGAACAACCGGGGCUACGGCGGCUCUCGGGAUGGUGGCGGCGCCGACAAGCCGGGUCCAGCCUGGGCUGCUCCUGCUCCUUGUCGCCCAGGUGUGUUGCGAGUAUGGCAUGGUACAUGUUCUUUCGGAGAAGGGGAGCAGUAAAGGAAAGGACUACUGUAUCCUCUUCAACUCUCAGUGGGCCCACUUGCCGCAUGACCUGGGAAAAGCUUCCCUCUUGCCGCUUCAGGAUCAAACAGCGUCUGUCUUGUGUUCUCCUUCUGAUGUACCAGAUGGGGGAUUUCAUAACAGAAUCCCUAUGGUGAUGCGGGGGAACUGCACCUUCUAUGAGAAAGUCAGGCUUGCUCAGAUCAAUGGAGCCCGGGGGUUACUGAUUGUCAGUAGAGAGAAACUGGCUCCCCCAAAAGGUAACUGGAGUCAAUAUGAAGAGAUUGAUAUUCCUGUGGCUUUGCUCAGCUACACUGACAUGUUAGCUAUUGGAAAGAGUUUUGGCAGAUCAGUGAAGGUGGCAAUGUAUGCGCCAAAUGAGCCUGUUCUUGACUAUAACAUGGUGAUUAUCUUUGUAAUGGCUGUGGGCACUGUUGCAAUUGGAGGCUAUUGGGCAGGAAGCAGGGAUGUGAAAAAACGAUACAUGAAGCACAAACGAGAUGACGGGGCAGAAAAACAUGAUGAUGAAACAGUUGAUGUCACUCCCAUCAUGAUCUGUGUAUUUGUGGUGAUGUGCUGCUCUAUGCUGGUCCUCCUUUAUUUCUUCUAUGACCACUUAGUCUAUGUUAUUAUAGGGAUUUUCUGCCUGGCUGCCUCCAUUGGUCUCUACAGUUGUCUGUCUCCCUUUGUAAGAAGAUUCCCAUUGGGGAAGUGCAGAAUCCCUGACAACAACUUGCCUUAUUUUCACAAGCGUCCGCAGGUCCGGAUGUUGCUUCUGGCUGUGUUUUGUAUCUCUAUUAGUGUGGUUUGGGGAGUCUUCAGAAAUGAAGAUCAGUGGGCAUGGGUUCUGCAAGAUGCUCUGGGAAUCGCCUUCUGCCUUUACAUGUUGAAAACAAUCCGCCUACCUACAUUCAAGGGUUGCACCUUGCUCCUGAUGGUUCUUUUUGUGUAUGAUGUGUUCUUCGUAUUCAUCACACCUUUUCUAACAAAGACAGGGCAGAGUAUAAUGGUGGAGGUGGCCACAGGCCCGACUGACUCUGCCACUCAUGAAAAGCUCCCCAUGGUCCUGAAGGUUCCAAGACUGAACUUUUCACCAUUGGCUCUUUGUGAUAGGCCUUUUUCCCUCCUAGGAUUUGGAGACAUCUUAGUUCCAGGCUUACUGGUAGCCUACUGCCAUAGAUUUGAUAUUCAGGUGCAAUCCUCCAGAGUCUAUUUUGUAGCCUGCACUAUAGCAUAUGGCAUUGGCCUUCUGGUGACUUUUGUAGCCUUGGCAUUGAUGCAGAUGGGUCAGCCUGCUCUGCUCUACUUGGUGCCCUGUACUCUUAUCACUAGCUUUGCUGUGGCUCUUUGGCGUAAGGAGCUUGCAAUGUUCUGGACGGGCAGCGGCUUUGCGAAAGACCUACCUCAUCCUCCCUUGGUUCUGGCUCCUGUCAGCUACCCCAACCCCCCCAAAGAUACGAAUGCACCAGCAUCUCAACAAGAAGCAGAACAACAAAUGACCAACCCCACGCUCCAUGCAGAUGAUCGAAAUAACCCUUCCCUGUGUGCAGAGGAGCUGCCUAACUUGAAUACCAAGGAGCUGACCAAUCCCAGCAUGCGAGCAGAACAGCCACAAAUUUCCAUCCCACAAAUAGAACAACAAACCAGUCAGAACAAGGAUGACCCUGAAAGCAAGAGCCUAACAGUAGAAAAGAACCAGCUGGAUUAGAUGAUGAAAUAGGAAAUCCUUUUCCCCCCUGCCCGUUCCCGUCCCCAUCUCCAAACCUCCCCACAUAAAAUCAGAAAACCAGUAUGUAGACUGGUUCAGUAGUGUUCACAUUCAUUGAGGAACCUCACUGGGAAUCUGAUUAUCAAAUGCAAGGAUAUUCUGCCUUUGACUUCAGAUACAGCUAUACAUUUCAAACAGCUUUCUGAAAUAUGGUGCUUUACAAAAAUUCUGAUGUAUGAAUUUCAGUGAUCAUUUUAUUAGUUGGAUGCCUUUUCUCUUUCCUAUUUCAUUAUACUAGGGUAAUAGUAAGAAUUUUUAUUUAUACAGUACUCUGGGCUUGUGUGGCUGUUGUACUGCUUUAGUAUGGUGUAGAUUAAUGUGGAGGAAAAGCAUCGGACAAGUCUGCUACAAUGCUAAGCGGGGAGAAAUACUGUCGUUUUAUAGAUUUUCCCUCCUUGAUACUUUUCAAUUUCUGCUUGUAAAAGGCAUUGAUGCAAGUGAAUGGUUUAGUAUAAAUUGACACUCAAGAAAUGUUGAGAACUGGUUAAAUUAACAGCCUUCUGCAAGGAUUUGUUUUCCAUGGUGCAUUAAAUGCAUCUCUUUCCUCAACAUUUUUUUUUCCCACUUCCAGGUGCCUGGGUUGGAUGAUAUUCUAGAUUAAAAGGCAGAAUGCAUGGAUCUCCAGUAAGCACUGUAAGCACUCCUAUGAAUUCUAGGAUCUGUCUUUGAAAUAAAAUGUUCACUGAGUGGACCUUGCAGAAUAAUACGCAGUAGACAAGCUUACUCGAAGUAUCUUUGAUGUUUUGUUUGGUUUUUAAAAGCACCCCACAUCCUUAUUUACCAGAUAAAUCAGAUCAUAAAUAGUAACAUUCUGCACAACUUAGUGAUCUGGCAGAAUGGUCUGCAGGAGACUUUAAGGACUGACUUUGAUUUAGGAAGUUCAGCAGGUUUCUUUGAAUCUCUACUUACUAUUAUUUUUAUGAAUAUAGCUUUGAUUUCUAUGGGUUUGUCUACAUUACAAAUAUUUUGCUGGUAUUGCUAUACCAGUAUAGCUAUGUUGACAAAAACCUCUAGUGUAAAUGCAGGAUAUGCACACAGAAGGGUUUUUUCAGUUGGCAUAGUAACACCACCUCCCCAAAUUAUGUUAGCUAUGCUGACUGAAGCACUCGUCUGUUGUCAUAGUUGCAUGUACACUUGGGGUUUAUAGCAGCGUCGACUGCAGGGAGGGGGUUCUUACCCUUGGUCAACAUAGCUGUGCUGAGAAAACUUUAUAGUGCAGACUUGGCCUAUUGCUGAAGAAAAGUCUGAAGUUCUCUUCAAAGGAGAGCAUGUGGUGCAGCUGUUCAUGGUUUGCAACCUCUUUAUAACUGGUCAGCUGCCACAAGUCAGGUUUUGUUUUUGUCCUGUGAGUGUUCAAAGUGUGACCUGCAAGGUUUUAGAGUGAGGCCAUAGCCACCUUCACUCGUGCUAGAACUGCGGAAUAGAUGCCCUUCCAUGCAAUGGGAGAGCUGCAUCUCCACAACCAAGUUUAGGGAGACUACAGUCUAUUCAGCUUUAACAAUAUUAGGGGCAAUUGCACUUCAUAAAUUGCCAGUGCAGCUUUUCAGUAUCCAAAACGUGGGCAUCUCUUGUGCAACCUGAGUCGUUUCUUUGCACACCUGUUGCACAUGCAGAGGGGCAAAGUAGUCAGAUUAACUUUUGUUAAUUAUAAAUAUUAUGUAGAAUCUAUUCUGUUUAAGAAUUUACUGAUCAAAGCCAUUUGAUUUAUUUCUAAGACAUGCACAUUCUUUAUUUUAAUUAUAAACAUUCCAAUCCAUUCAAAAAAACCUUGCAUUUUAAAUGCAAUUAACAAGGUUUUCAGGAACCUGUUAAUAUCCUGGAAAUAGAAUAUAAUCUCCAACUCAAUGAGGAGGGCCAUCCCUCUGCCACUCAAUAAAUACAGUUCUUCUGAGAGAAGAAUUAUUGCAAGACAUAUAGUGUGACACCUUUAAGAGUAUAGUCUCAAUGGACCCAAAAAAAUGUAUUAAUAUUAAGCUCCAGUUGGCCUUUUGGAUCAAGUUUUGAAAGGCUUUCAGUUGGCAGCUGUAGGUGAUGAUUGUUUCUGUUUUCCUUCCUUUAAGUAGGCCUUCUGAAAGUUUAUGCUGUGUCUUUUAGACUGUAACUGCUUUCCCUCUACUGUUUCAUGUUAAGUGGACAAUAUUCGUUUUCCAGAAUAUUAGAGGCUUUCUGUAAAACUACACUAUGGGUUCAGAAGUUUACCAUCUUCUGCCUAAGCCUUGAUGACCUUAACUGGGCUCUGUCUGCCAAGUUGACUCAUUUCUGGCUGAAAUGAUGGUGAGUUUCUUGAAAGGUUUGAGUCCUAAAGUCUGUAGUGUGUUCAGAUUUGUUUUUCAAAUUAACUGAAUGCAACAUGUUUUGAACAGUACUAAAGAGAUUUUACCUAUUUUAUUUCCUCUUCUCCUUUCUGAGCAGUGUUGCUUUUGCUGAGGGUAAGCUGAACCAGCUUUUAGUCAUGCAGAGUGACAGAGAUGCUUGUGUUGGACACUUCAGCCAGCUGGAUGAUGCCUUAAUUUAAGCCAUUUUAUAAAUAUGUAUAUUAAACAUUUAUUAAAAAAAACUGUUUAAAUAAUAAACUUGACAGACAAAUGCCAGGAAAUUCAAAGUUGAGGCUGAUGUGUCAUGACAUUUGAAUUUCCUUUUGCCUUGAUUCUCUUUCAACCAUAACAUUAAACAUAAUUUUUAUAUA